AUUUAAAAUAUAUUAUAUUAUAUUAUUAGAUAUAAUAUAAUGUAUUGUAUUAAUAUGUAGUAGUAGUCGAUCAUUGAAUCAUGUUCUACUUUUUUUUAUUUUCGAAUCCGUCGUGUGUGCCGAGGUACUUCGUUCUGUAACUUAACGAUACCCUAGGUAUCUAUAUUUUUUAAUGGGUCCGUGACCCAUUAAAUGUAUAUUGUUUUCUAAUUCAACAUGUAUUACCAUUAUCAUUUAUUAAUAUAGUUUUGUGCAAUUUUUCUUUCUAUUGUGUUAAUUAUUAUUCGUCUGUUUUUUAAAAUUAAAUUUAUUUAUAAUUCAUAAUAUAAUUUGUACUUAUAUUAAUUAACUGUUAUUGUAAUUAUACUUGUUCGGUCAAUUGCAUAGAUAUAUUUAUUUUAUCGUUUACUAUUAUGGAAGAAUACGGGGAAAUUAAUUUAACUAAUCAAGAGUUGCAAAUGUUGUCAGAUUUGGACAGUCGAAUGUAUGGAUUUUUGAAGUUAAAUGAUCCAAAAGAAGAAAAGAAAAAAACAUUAGUUUUAAAAGCAAUUAAGUACCUUGAAAGGAUGUUAAUGCAAAUGCAGAAAGAAAAAACAGAAGAUGAAUCCUCAAAAGCAAUCAGCAUUGAUUCUAAAACUUAUUGUAAACUUGGACACUUCCAUUUAUUGUUGGAAAACUAUUCUAAAGCAAUGUCUGCAUACCAUAAAUAUUACAAUGAUGCAGAAACUAAUCAUUGGAAAGAUGCUAAUUUUUUGUAUGGUCUUGGUCUUGUAUAUUUUCACUUUAACUCAUAUCAAUGGUCUAUUCAAUUUUUUCAAAAACUUCUUUAUAUUGAUCCAAAUUACCAACGAGCCAAUGAAGUACACCUUAGAUUGGGUUUGAUGUACAAAGUGUUUAAUGAGUGGGAAACAGCGUUAAAACAUUUAAAACAUGCUUAUUCAGAUGUUAGUUUAAGCACAUUUUCAAAACUUGAAAUAAGCUUCCAUAUAGCACAUUUAUAUGAAGUACAAGGGAAAUACAAGUUAGCCAAAGAUCAUUAUGAACAACUCUUAAAUGAUUCAAAAAUUACUGUUCAUUUACGUGCCGAUAUUUGUCGACAGUUAGGAUGGAUGUACCACAGUUGUGAAUGUUUAGGGGAUAAAAAUCACCGUGAAACAGUUGCUAUUCAAUAUUUACAAAAAUCUAUUGAAGCUGAUAACAAAUCUGGUCAGUCUCUUUAUUUAUUAGGACGUUGUUAUGCAAGUGUUGGAAAGGUUCAUGAUGCAUUUAUAGCGUAUCGAAAUUCUGUUGAAAAAUCUGAAGGAAAUGCAGACACAUGGUGUUCCAUUGGAGUACUCUAUCAACAACAGAACCAGCCUAUGGAUGCAUUGCAAGCAUAUAUAUGUGCAGUGCAAUUAGAUAAAGGCCAUAGUGCAGCUUGGACUAAUCUUGGUAUAUUAUAUGAAAGUUGUAAUCAACCAAAAGACGCUCUAGCUUGUUAUGUUAACGCAACAAAAGGUAAUGCAGUAGUAAGUGAAACAUUGAUAAAAACGACCUUAAAUGUUCCAGCAUCUGCAAUAUCGAACAUGAAUCCUAAUCUUGGUCAGCGUAUUAAAUUUUUACAAACUCAUUUAUGCAAUGCACCAAUGCCUAGUAUUACUAGCAAGCGACGACAAUUACCUUCAAUCGAAGAGGCUUGGAAUUUACCAAUUUCAGCAGAAAUGUCUUCAAGACAACAGCAGCAGCAGCAGCAACAACAACAACAGCAACAACAACAACAACAACAACAACAACAAAAGACUGCACAAACUCCAUAUCAAAAAUCUCAGGAUAUGAUUGCUACACCCCAUGGGCAACCUCCUCCUUAUAAUUCAUCUAAACCAGAUAACCCGUUAGAAAAUAACAUCAAACGAAUCAAAGUUGAGCCUCAAACUAGCAGUAACAGUAAUCCUCAACCUGCAUUUUAUUUAAAUAGUCAGCAAAUUCAGACAAUGAAUGUUCUUCAACAAAAUUCUCAUAAUUUAUCACAUCAACAACAAGCUUUGCUGCAACAGUUGCAAAAUAACUAUCGUAUGAUGCAACAACAUCAGCAGCAAUUGCGGCUAAAACAACAACAAAAUAGCCCUAGUCAACAAGGACAAUAUCAAAAUCCUACUGUGAUAAAACAGUUCUCUGACCAAAGCCGCGGAGACUCAAAAUCCAAUGAUUUAAUUGAUGGUUCGAGUGAAAAUCAAGAGUUGGAUAGAGAAUUACAAGCUCUCCUAUCCCAUAAGGAAUUAACUACUUCAUUAGCUGAAGAUUUGCUCAAACAGUUUGGUUCAUCAGAUGAAUUAAAUAUUAAAAACGAAACUAAUACCACUGCAUCACCUCAAGAAGUUAAAACCAUACAACAGCCUGCAACUGAAAAGGUAGUUAGGUAUCAAGAUUCAAGUUCAUUGGACACUGAUUAUUCUUUGGACUUAACUGCUGAGGAGGUUUUGGAAACUGCCCAGAAAGAAACAGGACCAGGUAUGUGGAAUAGAAAUGUAUUGAGUCCAAAUGGGCCACCACCCACACCUCCAGAACCUCCUCCUCAACAAUUAACACGUGAACAAUUACUGCCAUCUACUCCAUCAGUUAUGCUUGAAAAUAAAAAAGACGCAUUUAGUCCAAGAUUACAAGAAUUUUGUUUAAAAAAUCCUAUUGCUGUUGUACGAUGCUUAGCUGGUGCCCUUAAAUUAGAUUUGGGAUUGUUUUCAACUCGGACAUUAGUAGAAACUAAUCCAGAUCACUCUGUUGAAGUUCGAACACAAGUAAUGCAGAGCAGUGAUGAUAACUGGGAUGUGAAACAAAAUCGAAGAGGAUGGGCUUGUAUUAGCCACCGAUCACAUACAACCAUUGCUAAAUAUGCUCAAUACCAAGCUUCCAGUUUUCAUGAAUCAAUAAGAGAUGAAAAAGAUGGUAUACCAAGCGCUCAUACAGUUCCUAAUUCAAAUUUAUCUGACUCUGAUUCUAAAGAUUCGAUUACAAUGGAGAAAAAACGGAAAAAGAAUAUUAAUUUACCUGGUGUGAAACCUCCUGCUGGUAGUAAAAUGCUUAAGUUUGGAACCAAUGUGGAUUUGUCUGAUGAGAAAAAAUGGCGUCCACAGCUUCAAGAACUUACUAAGCUACCAGCAUUUGCACGAGUUGUCUCUGCCGCUAAUAUGCUUUCACAUGUUGGACAUUCAAUAUUAGGCAUGAAUACUGUUCAGUUGUACAUGAAAGUUCCUGGUAGCCGAACACCUGGGCAUCAGGAAAAUAACAAUUUUUGCUCGAUUAAUAUUAACAUUGGUCCUGGUGAUUGUGAAUGGUUUGCUGCGCCUGAUGCUUACUGGGGUGUCAUUAAUAAUCUUUGUGAAAAGUAUGGCUUAAAUUACUUACAUGGAUCUUGGUGGCCAUUGGUUGAAGAUUUACUUGCAGCAAAUGUCCCUUUGUAUAGAUUUUUACAAAGACCUGGUGACAUGGUUUGGGUAAAUUCAGGUUGUGUUCAUUGGGUCCAGGCUGUUGGUUGGUGUAAUAACAUUGCAUGGAAUGUUGGUCCUUUAACAGCCAGACAAUAUCAUCUUGCUAUAGAACGUUACGAGUGGAAUAAACUGCAAAGUUAUAAAAGCAUUGUACCAAUGAUUCAUUUAAGUUGGAAUUUGGCAAGGAAUAUAAAAGUAUCAGACCCGAGAUUAUAUGAUCUUGUUAAAAUGUGCUUAAUGUGUUCUUUACGUCAAUGUGGUAUAACCUUGGAAUUUAUAAAAGUUAAAAAAAUUCAAACUCGUUUUCAUGGAAGAGGCAAAAAUGAAGCUUCACAUUAUUGUCAUGACUGUGAUGUGGAAGUAUUCAAUAUUCUUUUAAUCCGUGAACAAGAGAAAAAACAUUGUGUUUAUUGUGUUAUUUGUGCAAAAAAACAAUCUCCAAAUUUGGAAGGAUUUGUCUGUUUAGAAGAGUAUAAAAUGUCUGAACUAAUAGAAAUCUACAACAGUUUUGUAUUACAUUGUCAUACUACACCUGUACUGCCACCUAGUAAUAAUACUAUAGCGCAAUUAACGUAAGUUACUGCGAUAAAAAAAUGUUUUAUUUUAUUAUUAUUAUUAUGUGAUAUAUACAUAUAUGUAUGUAUCUUUGUAUAUAUAUAUGUAUAUAUUUAUU